CGUAUACAGUCACCGCGCAAUCACUGAGCGCAGAACUAGAAACCUUGUAAACAUUUUAUCAAUCACAAUGACUGAAAUAAAAAAGGACGACGUGAUGAAAAUCCUACAUACCUACCCUCUAUGUCGAAAAUGUGAUAUGACUGACGAAAUGAAGCAAGAGGUAAUGGAAUUGUGUGUAACUGCAGCAGAAAAAUACACUGAUAACUACGAAAGUGUUUCUCGUAUGAUCAAAGAAACGAUGGAUAAAAGAUUUGGAGCUUCUUGGCAUACAGUGGUUGGUGAGGGAUACGGAUUCGAAAUUACUUAUCAACUUAAACAUUUAAUGUAUAUGUACUGCGCUGGUAAUUUAGCAAUUUGUAUAUGGAAAUCUGCGUAAUCUGGAAAUUAUAAUACCUACGUAAAUUGUCGCAGCAU